ACAGAGACAUCUGGGUCACACUGCAUUCCGCACGGGGUGAGAGUGUGGACGGGAACAGGAUUGUGUUUGUUCUUCGUUUAUCAAAGAUCAUCAAACGGGGAAUUUAGAUUUUGGAGAGAAAAAAAAGAAAGACGCACUCCCUCCUCCUUCUCUGUCUCCGGGUUCAAUUUCAAACCCAUAAAUUCGGCUUCCAAAUUGAGCGGAUUUCAGAGAUUAUAUUUUUCUUCUACUCUUACUUUGCGAAAAAAUGGAAGAGGCAAAGGCAUUGCACCAGCAACAGCAACAGCAGCAGCAGCAACAACAACAACAACAACAACAACUUCUGUUACAACAACAGCAACAACAACAACAUCAACAACAUUAUCUGCUCUUACAGCAAUUGCAAAAGCAGCAGCAGCAACAUCAACAACAAGCUGCCGCCAUUUCUCGUUUCCCUUCCAACAUUGACGCUCACUUGCGUCCUAUCAGACCCCUCAAUCUCCAACAAAACCCUAACCCUAACCCUAACCUCAAUCCCGCUCCCAACCCUAACCCUAAUCCCAUUCUCAAUUUGCAUCAGAACCCUAAUUCCAACCAUCUACCACCGCAGCAGCAACCGCCGCAACAGCAACAGCAGCAGCAGCAGAAGAUUGUUCGACCCGGGAACCAGAUGGAGCUCCAGAUGGCGUACCAAGACGCGUGGCGGGUCUGCCACCCGGACUUCAAGAGACCCUUCUCUUCUCUUGAAGAUGCCUGCGAGAGGUUAUUGCCUUAUCAUGUUGUGGCAGACUAUGAAGAAGAAGAGGAUGAUAGGAUUCUUGAUUCUGACACUACUGGCCAGAUGCUUUCACGGUCCCAGCAGUGGGAUAAUAAUAUUACUGCUAAAAUUGCUGAGUUCACUGCAACUUUCGAGAAACAAGCACUUGCCUUCAACAUAAUAACCCAAAAGAGAGGUUUGGGGGAGUUCCGAUCUGAGGAGAGACUGAUGAUUGAGCAGGCACUUCUCCAAGAAGAAAAACGGGCUAACUAUGAAUUAAGAGCAGAAAUAGAGUCCAGGGAGAAGGCUGGUCGUGAAGCCCAUGAGGCUAAAUUACGGAUGGCAGCAAUGUUUCAAGCAGAGCAGGCUCGGGCAGAUUUACAGUCUCAUGCUGAAAUGAUGUCUCGAGCACCCAUGAGAGGGAGUGCACUAGGGUCCCAAGGCAAUGACAUUGUGAUUGGCCACGACAUGGGAGAGCAGGAUCAGGCAGGUAACCCCGGUGAGAUGAUUAAUGGAUGGGGAAACAAUACACAGAGAGAUGAGAAGGAGCCAUCUGAAGAUUUCUUGAAUGAUGAAGCCGAAAAUGGAGAUACUGGGACCCAGGAUGGCUGGCGUGAAGUUGGUGAAUUUGAUUUGAAUGCUAGGUGAUUCUCGACAGUGAUUGAAUGAAACCUUUUGGGAGAGUUUUAAUUACGUGUAAGGGAUUAAUAUCCAUUUUAAAAAAAGUCAUUAUCUUGGGUAUCAACCAUUGUCUUGAAGUUAGUAUCUUAGAUUACUUUCAAGAUCAAAAUCUAUUUCACAAGAGCGCAAGGAAAACUAUUGAACCAGUACUAGAUUGGAUGAAUAUCAAAGUUUAUGCUCUUACACUAGUGUAGUGCACAUGGUUGGAUCACUAGGUCCUCUUGAGUGUUAUAUAAGCAUACAAAUUCUGACAAAUGUAUAUCCUUAGUUUUCAGGGAAACUCUUGUUUCAUCGUUUUGGCAUCUGAUUUUUCAGGUUGCUGUCAAAUCUUUGCUAUCUUUACUACCAUUAUAAAAGAAAGAAAAAAAAAUGUAUUUUUGAUA